GCUGCGUCCACGAGCAGCUCCUGCGACCAGGGCAGCAGCAGCAAUUGCAGCAGCAGACGCAGAGACUUAAACCACAGGAGCAGCAGCAGCAGCAGCAACAGCAGCAGCAACAGCAACAGCAGCAGCAGCAGCAACAGCAGCAGCAGCUAUUUGUGUGCGUGCUCCAGCUGCGUUCGCUGGACGGCAUUUCUGGCUUGACAAGUCUCCGCUGCCUCCGCGCCGAGUUGAACCAAAUUAGCUGCCUCGCAGGCCUGCAGCAACUGUGGGGCCCCGAAAGCCAGCUCGAAACCCUCGACCUCCGCUGCAACCGGCUGCAGCAGCUGCAGCAGCUGCUGUUCUUAGGAGGCCUUCCCCGUUUGCUGCGGCUCUCGCUGCAGUCCAAAGAAGCGGCACUGCAGCAGCUGCAGCAGCAGCAGCAGCAGCAGCUUGAUGGCGAGUACCCCCUCCUUGUAACGCCUCUGUCGCCGCGACUCAGCAGCAGCAGCAGCAGCAGCAGCAACAGCAACAUAAUCUGCUGCAGCCCGGCCUACCGCCGCUUCGUGCUUCUGUGCGCUCCGCUGCUGCAGCAGCUGGAUGGCCUUCCUGUUGCUGCCGAGGAGCGGGCAUCAGCAGCAGCAGCUGCUGCUGCUGCUGCUGCUGCUGGCAGCAGCAGCAGCAGCGAAUUCGAAACUCAGCAGCAGGAACUCGACCGCCUUUGGCUGCGCACUAAAACCCAGCCCUUCUGCAUUCCCUACGGCGGUUCCUGCGAGAUCCGUGCUGCAGCACGGCGAGCAAGAGCAGCAGCAGCAGCAGCAGCAGCAACAGCAGCAGCAGCUACUUCGGGCAAAAGGCUGCAGGAGUCUCGCGAAGUCUCAGUUGUGUUAGAGGCCCGCCGAACCCCCCAAAGGCCAGCAGCACCGAGAACAGCAGCAGCAGCAGCAGCAAAGACAGCGGCAGCAGCAGCAGCAAAUGAGGACGCAGCAGCGCGCAGAAGCAGCAGCAGAAAUAUCUCUCUUGAACAGCAGCAGCAGCAGCAGAGUCUACAGACAGCGCCCCAGCAGCAACACAAACAGCAGAGGCAACAACAACAGAAGCUGCGCCUGGCAGCAGCAGCAGCAGCAGCAGCUCCAGCAGCAGCUCCAGCAGCAGCAGCAGCUCCAGCAGAUGCAGCUCCAGCAGCAGCAGCAGAAGCAGCAGCGGCAGAAGCAACCACAGGAGCAGCACCAAGAGCAGCUCCAGCAGCAGCAGCAGCAGCUCCAGCAGCAGCAGCAGCAGCUGCAGCAGCAGCAGAUGGAUGUCCCUCCUUGCUGCUUUCGGCGCUUCAGCGGCUCCCCGAAGCUUCACGGGCUGCGCUGCAUGCAGUGACGGCGAUGGAGCUGCUGCAGUGUCUUGCUGCUAUCCCUGACCCGCCAGCAGCAGCAGCAGCAGCACCAGCAGCAGCAGCAGCAGCAGCAGCAGCAGCAGCUAGUCCGGAAGCUGCUGCUGCUGCACCCGCGGCUUCGCUAGAUGACCCGAAUGCAGGCGACGCGCAGGCACCCCCGCAAACAGCCGCAGCAGCAGCAGCGGCAGCAGCAGCAGCAAUAGCAGCAGCAGCAACAGCACAAGUUAACACUGAGGAGUGCUGCAGCCCCAAGGCAGUGCUGCGCGCCUCAAAGCCUCAGGCGCUCGUCGCUGGCAGCAGCUGCAGCAGCAGCAGCCUCAAUACCUUCAGCGGGAACAGCAGCAGCAACAAUAACAGCAACAAUGACAGCAGCGGCAGUGGCAGCAGCAGCUGCAACAGCAGCUGCUUGUGCUCAAGAGAUGCAGCAGGCGAUGCUUUGCAGAUGUGUCAGCAGCAGCACGUUGCUGCUGCCGCUGCUGCUGCUCCCGACGGCGGCUCCAGUAGCCCGCGGCCCAGUAGUUUGCUGCCCACAGCAGCAGCAGCUGCUGCUGCAGCACGAGCAGCGGCAGCAGCUGCGCCAGAAGCAGGACAAGUGGCAGCAGCAGCAGGAGAAGCAGACCUUCAGGUAGACAUCAUGGCGCUAGCACAGCAGCCAAACCAGCAGCAGCUGCUGCAGCAGCAGCAGCAGCGUACACACGAGCAGCAGGAAGAGCAGCUGCAGCAGCAGCAGCAGCAGCAGGAGGCACUGGAGCACUUACGGCGCCAGCUCUCAUCUUACUCAGAAGAAGUCGAAGAGCUGCGGCAGUUGCUUCAGCAGCAGCAGCAACAGCAUCAGCAGCAGCGGCAGCAGCAGCAUCAGCAGCAAGCAGCGGCUGCAGCGCUGGAAGAGCGGCAGCAGCAGCUGCUGCAGCAGCUGCAGCAGCUGCAGCUAGAGAAAGAUGAGGCGUGGGCCCGCGUGCAGCAGCUGCAAGAAGAAGCAGCGCUGCAGCAAGACGAACUUGCUGCAGCUAACCGGCAGCAAGUGCUGCUGCGGGAGCGUUAUGACCGCAGCGCGAAGGAGCAGCAGCAGCAGCAGCAGCAGGACCUGCAGCAGCAGCGGCGUCGCCACCAGCAGCAGCAGCAGCAGCUGGAGAGCGCGUUCAGCGCGUCUCUGACGGAGCUGAAGGAAGCAGCAAAGCGGCAGCAGCAGCAGCUGCAGCAGCAGCUGCAGCAAGCAGCGCAGAAGCUGGAGGAGGCGCAGGAGCAGCACGAGCAGCAGCAGCAGCAGCAGCAGCAGCAGCAGCAGCAGAUGCUGCGACUGCAGCAGGCACUGCGAGCAGCCACAAGAAAAAAUGCUGAAUUAAAUAAAGUUGUUUAUAAAGCAGCAGCACAGGAGCAGCAAUUUGAGGUGUCUGUACAGCGGCUGAGCAGCAAGCUGCAGCGGGCAGUGGAGGAGUUGCGGCUGCUGCAGCGGGACAAGCAGCAGCUGCAGGAAGCAGUUGCUGCAGCGGAAGCAGCGCAGCAGCAGCAGCAGCAGCAGCAGCAGCUGCUGCUGCAGCGGGCAGCCAGGCUGCAGCAAGAACUCACAGACACACAGGCAGCUUGCACCCCUCGGGAGAAGCUGCGGGAGCUGCGCUGCGAGCGGGACUUGCUGCAGCAGCAGCUGCAGCAGCAGCAGCAGCAGGUCCAGCAGCUGCAGCAGCAGCUGCAGCAGCAGCAAACCCAGCAGCAGCUGCAGCAGCAGCUGCAGCAGCAACCCUCUACUGCCGCCGAGCUGCAGUCCCUCAAGGCCGCCGUCGCAGCAGCAGCAGCAGCGCAGCAAGCAGCAGAAGCGCAUGCAAGAGAGACGAAGCAAACAGCAGCAGUGCAUGCUCGCGUGCUGCAGCAGCAGGAGGAGCAGCUGCAGCAGCAGCAGCAGCUGCUGCAGCAAAAAGAAGAACUGCUGCAGGAAGCCAACAGCGUCGCCAGACGCCGCGAGAAGGAGCUCGAAAGAAAGCUGGAAGAAUAUGCAGACAGGGCUCGAGAGUUGGAGAAGGAGCGCGAAGCAGCAGCUGCUGCUGAGCGGCAGCAGCAAGAAGAGAAGGGUUUGCUGCAGCAGCUGCAGCAGCAGCUGCAGCAGCAGCAGCAACAGCUGAAGCAGAAGGACGAGGCGCGAGCUGCAGAGGCGGUGCAGCAGGAGCGGCAGCAGCAGCAGCAGCAGCAACAGCAGCAGCAGCAAGAGCUGUCUCAGCUGAAGCAGCAGCUAAAGGCAGAGCGCCGCGAGCAGGAGGCAGUGCAGCAGCAGCAGCAGCAGCUCCUCAAGAAGCAGCAGCAGCAGCUAGCCAAGCUAGCUGAGCAGCUGCGCAGCAGCAAGCAGCAAACUCUGGCCAGAGAGAUGGAGCUGCGGCUGCUGCUGCAGCACUGGGAAAAGAGAAAAGAGACAGCAGCAGAAACAGCAAAACAUUUGAAUCUGCUUCUCAGGAAACUGCAGCACGACUUCGGAGAGAGAGACCGCUAG